UAGUUUUUUUGUUGAUUCGGUUGGAUACGUAGUUCGACCUUUCAAUGAUCCAAUUACUCGGUCUGAUUCGGUUCUUGAGGCUAUGGUGGCGUACAGUUCACUGACUUGCUUCUAGUUUCUAUACAUUGACAACCAUCGGCUGAGUCCUUUUAGAGUUUUUAUUGUUUCCGAUACAAGGACACAACAAACAUGUACUUUUAUAAAGGUGAAAGUGUUGAGUGGACAGUAAAAAGAGACAGUAAGAAAACCUUUAUAUCAUUUGGAUAAUUUUGGUGACCGUUUGAAACAUUUUGCGUCAAGGCAUGUAAGGCCAAAGCAAGUAGGUUAAAAAACAAUUUUCGAGUGGUCGUUAGUUGGUUAAGUUGUACGACAGAUAGUUGCAAAAGGCACAUUACUCUAUAAUAAACUCUGCUUAGUUAAUGUACAUAUCAGAAGAAGAAAACGACGACGAGGGUUCCAAUAGUUGUGAGAGUAGCCGACAGGAAAAUCCCGGGAAACACGUUUCAGACAGUUUAUAGAAUCACCGCUGGCGAUUAAACGUGCUUCCGUGGCACUGGUGUACUUGCCUACUGGUUCUAUACAUUGCACCUCUCACCUUUUCUUCAAUCAAACAUUAUUCUAUUUAUGUUACAAAUAAAAUAAAUUAAUAACAUCAUGCUGGUAUUGUUUUCUUUGAUUUGGAAAUAAGGUCAUACCUUAUAGUUUAUUAUUGUACCAUAUACAGUAUUUCCUUUGAACUUAAAAAAAAAAUGAUAUUACGAUAUUUAGUUGACCUCUCGAAUGGAUAACCAUAAAAUAAAUGAAAUUAUUUCCUGUUUCAUUACCGACUCUCUCUAAUCUAGCACUUUGACCGUUAUACAAACAAUAGUAUGUGAUAUGUAUAUCAUAUAUCAUCAAUUACUGAGGGUGGUCAACCUUUCAUAAUUUAUUAACUACUUUAUACAGAAAUUGUAUUUUGCAAUGAGAAACCGACACUUUAUAGAUAUCAUCAUCACUUGUCAUCAAUUUUUCAAAAAUAGACAAUUACUUUUUUCAAAAAAUUAAACAUAAAAUCUAUUCUAUUAAAACAGUAACGUGACCUAUUGAUAUAAGUGUGGUCCAACUAUUUAACACAAUUAUUAAAAUCUCUUAUUAAUCAUUUAAGAAAAAUAAUAUACAAAGAAAAACACAAAUAUAACUAAAAAUUAUAAAUAUAAAAACUAAAUAUCUAAAAAAAUGUAAAACAAAAAAUAUACCCACCUUUUUUGGAAAAUGUUGAGUCAGAAUCUAGUAAAAGUAUAUAAAUCUAAUAGUUAAUCUUUUACCCUUUUUAGAUUAUAUGCUUUUACAUGUUUAGAAAGGAAUCAGGUUGUCAAUUUAGAUUUUGUAAUAGAACUGAAAUCUGACCAUAAACUUGGGUUCUUUUAAGGAAUUCUCAAAUAUUAAUAAUGAGUAUAUAAAUUUAGUCAAUGCUGCCAAAUUUUAUUUUCCCUUUUACUCUGCCAGCCUUUUCUGGUUUUUAAUCUACCAAGAAAAUGUAUAAAAAUGUACUAAAAAAAUAUCAGUCUUAUUAUCGAAAUUUUAUACUGUACAUAAGAAAUUUGUUAGUUAUUAUUUGCAACCCAUGAGAAAUGAGUAAAUAUUAGCAACUGAUCGCAAGCCGCAUAAACAUACAAAUUCGCAGAAACAUGCAAAUGAAUAGCGGCAUUUUACAAAAAAAACAUAUCAUUAUUAUUAUCAAAAUUUUAUGCUGGACAUAAUUAUGUAUUUGGUUAAGCAUACCAAUUUACCAGAGAUUAAAGACAACAUUGCAAUCAUUUUUUAAAAAAAUAAAUAAAUCUUAUAGUAUAUAUUAGUGACUUUUUAGUUAUUAUUUACAAACCAUGAAAAAUGAGUGUAUAAUAAUGACUGAUCGUAACCCGCGGCGACAUGCAAACGAAUAUGUAAUAUUAUGAAUUAUACAAUAAUAUUCCAUAUUCGUUAUUGCUUAAGAAAUGUUAAUCUGAAAGAGAAAAGCCUCAUAAACAAACUUUUGGACAUAACAAUAUAUUAAAUAAUUGUGUUAGCUGCUAUAUUUAUUUAGUCCAAAAUUAUUUUUACAUAUUAUAUAUAACUUAUAUUCUAAAAACAUAUUGAAGACACUACAAUUUUACAGUGAUGAUUGUUUUUAGUUUUUGCAGUUUUAAGACAAUGUCAACAUUUAACACAAAAAUUCUAAAAUACAUGUGCAUAUUUAUAAGAAUACCGUUUAAAAUCUUUUCCCGCGUAAAAUUGUUGCAAUUCUAUUUUCAAAACACUGGUAUAUUUAUUUUCAUAAAGUGUUCGUUAAACAUAGAUAGAUUAAUUAUGAAAAACUGUCAGUUAUUUUCGCUUUGAAAAUGAUAUAUAUCUUUGAUUAGCUAAAUGAUUUUCUUAUAGCCUGACAUAAAAUUAUCUAAAUUUUAGGACAAUAAGUUCUGGUGAAAUUAUCAUUUUAUGGACUUGUGUUUUUUUAAUUAAAAACAAAAUUAAUUUUAGUUAAAAACAAAAUCUAAAUUAUAAAUGGAAUGAAACUCAAAGAAGAUAUUGAAAACUUUAUAAAUAUCCUUCACACAAGGUUUGUGCCUCUUAAACUCUUAUCAUGACUCUUAAGGUUCUAUUAGUACCCAUUCAUAGUCUAAAUUAAUGCUCAUUAUUUAUAGAGAUACACAUCUUUAUAUAUAUCUCUCGUCUGUUUCUCUCUCUCUCUCUCUCUCUCUCUCUCUGUCUCCGGGGUCAAGUGGCUUCUUUGUUUUGAAUUAAGAGGCUGAAGCAACAACAACAACCAAAAGGUCUCAAGAGAUUUCUAGGGUGAGAUCAUCUUCUCUCCUCUGAAAAAUGUAUAACACCAAUAUAGGGAUGUUCCCCACUUUAGUAACAAGCCCAGUGCCUCGUUUCCCCGAAGGAGAGACGUGUUUCGCAUCACCUAACGCUACGUGCAACGACCCUACUGAAGAAGAAAUGGAGAUAGAGGAGCUUGAGAAGAAGAUCUGGAAAGACAAGCAGCGUUUAAAGAAACUCAAGGAGAUGUCCAAGAACGGGUUAGGUAGAGCAUCGUUGAAGCAGCCUCCUGACGAUGAACAUUCGAGAAAGAGAAUGAUGUACCAGGCACAGGACGGGAUCUUAAAGUACAUGUCCAAGACAAUGGAGCGUUGCAAAGCUAAAGGCUUCGUGUACGGCGUCGUUUUCGAGAACGGGAGAACCGUAACGGGGUCUUCUGACAAUCUCCGUGGAUGGUGGAGAGACCAAGUGAGGUUUGAUAGGAACGGACCAGCUGCUAUACUGAAGCACCAGAGAGAGAUCAAUCUCUCCUCCACUGAUGGAAAUGAGUUAGGAUCCUCUGAGGAUGGAGGAGAUUGUACUGCGCAUAAGUUGCUUGAGCUGCAAGAUACAACUCUAGGAGCUCUUUUAUCUGCUCUGAUGCCUAACUGCAAGCCUCCUCAGAGGCGAUACCCUUUGGAGAAAGGCGUGCCGCCGCCUUGGUGGCCGACGGGGAAAGAAGACUGGUGGGGUGAUCUGCCUUUACCCGAUGGUUGUAGAGGACAUCCUCCUGCUUACAGGAAGCCUCAUGGCCUCAAGAAGAUGUGGAAGGUUGGUAUUUUGAUUGGUGUGAUCAGACAUAUGAUGGCUUCAGACAUUACCGACAUAGUGAAGCUGGUGGGACGGUCUAGGACUCUGCAGGAGAAGAUGACUUCAAGAGAAGGCUCUUUAUGGCUAGCUGCUUUGAACAGAGAGAAGGCCAUUGCUGCUCAGAGUCAGAAGCAGCCUUUAACCUUCUCGGAAGAGGAUGGAACUGGUGGGGAGAUGGAUGCUCUAUUCCCUGAACCUGCAGAUUAUGAGGUUGAAGGAAGUGUUGGGCCUCGUCAUCGUCUCAACCAGCAGUUUCAUGGAUUUGACAACAACAAUUUCAAUAGUGGUUAUAACAACAAGAGGAGGUUUGAAGGAGAGUCACUUCAUCCAGGAACGAACCUAACUUGUGAGAACAGUCCCUGUCCUUAUAGCAGACCAGAGAUGGGAUUCAAUGACAGGGUCUUAAGAGAGAAUCACCAAAUGACUUGUCCUUAUAAACAACCCACACCCUUUUACCAACCCGCUGAACCUUUUGGUAUGCCUUAUCCGGAUUAUAACCGGAGUUUUUAUGGAAACAGACCGGAGAGCCAAGUGGGAAUGCAGCAGCAGCAGCAGCAAGUUCAGAGCAUUCCAGACUAUUUUACUCAAUCCAACAAUCUCUACAGACCAAAAGCAGCAGAAAGAGGAGGUAAUACUUCGGUGAUGAAUCAUAAUACCAACAAUGGCUAUGCGCAAACAGUAGGGAUGGAGAACUAUCAUCAGAAUCAAGAUCAAGACUUGUCCAUGCCUUGGAUUCAGUGAAGAUAAAGCUUCAUUAGUUUAUCUUGCUUUCCUUUGUAGCUUUGUUUCUUGCUUCUUUUUUUU